CCCGCACCCCCAUCCACCGGGGCUAUGGCCGCAGAGGACGUGCCGCACACGGUGGAGCAUUAUAAGACCGAGAUCGAAAGGCUGACCAAGGAGCUCACGGAGACCACCCACGAGAAGAUCCAGGCUGCCGAGUACGGGCUGGUGGUGCUGGAGGAGAAGCUGACCCUCAAGCAGCAGUAUGACGAGCUGGAGGCUGAGUACGACGGCCUCAAGCAGGAGCUGGAGCAGCUCAAAGAGGCAUUCGGGCAGUCCUUUUCCAUCCACCGCAAAGUGGCUGAGGAUGGGGAGACUCGGGAGGAAACACUUCUGCAGGAGUCAGCUUCGAAGGAAGCUUACUAUCUAGGCAAGAUCCUGGAGAUGCAGAACGAGCUGAAGCAGAGCCGGGCUGUGGUCGCCAACGUCCAGGCAGAAAACGAGCGGCUCACAGCCGUGGUGCAGACCUGA